CAGAUGAAGCUAACGGAAGAAAGUUAAAAAAUCUGCACUAUGAGUACGCCAUACGGGCGCUAUCGCUUCCUGCGAAUGCCCUUUGGAAUAUCGUCAGCCCCAGAAAUUUUUCAAGCUGCAAUGCAUCGCUUGUUAGACGGUCUACCCGGUGUCGCAGUUGUAAUGGAUGAUAUACUAGUCUGGGGCAAGACAAAGGAUGAGCAUGACUGCAACCUGACACUCGUACUGACACGCUGCCGUGAGCACAAUCUGCGACUCAACCUCAAAAAAUGCACCUUCCUGCAGGCAGAGGUUCGCUACUUGGGACACAUCCUCACUACGCAAGGCCUGCGCAUCGACCCGGAGCGUGUUCAGGACAUUCUGGAAAUACCCGAGCCUAAGACCACGUCGGAACACCGCUUGAAAACCUUGCGGGAUGCGACAAACGAGGAUCCGGCACUGAUCAUCAUCCGUGAAUACGCAGAGACGGCGUGGCCGGAGCACAAGCAUGGUGUCCCAGAGCCGGGAAGGCCAUACUGGACCUACAGGGAAGAAGUUCACGCACAGGAUGGGCUAGUCUUCCGAAGCAACAAGGUCAUCCGAGAACUUCGCCACACCACGUCUAAUGCGCUCAAGACUUGGUGUGCACAAGUUUUUUCGGUGCAUGGGCUGCCACAGAAGCUGUAUAGUGACAAUGGGCCCCCCUUCAGUAGCUCAGAUUUCAAAGAUUUUUUGAGUAAACUAGACGUUGUGCAUGUCACGUCAAGUCCAUAUCACCCGCGUUCUAAUGGCAUGGCGGAAAGAGCUGUUCAGGAGGCAAAAAAGCUGCUCAAAAAGUGCUCUUUUCGCACACCAGAUUUUGAAAUUGCUCUGCUUGAGUGGCGUAAUACCCCCAGGGACCCAGUUCUGAAGUCUCCUGUGCAGAGGCUCAUGGGGCGGCAGACCCGGACCCUCCUGCCAGUACCAACAAUUCACCUGGAGUCAGAGGCCAUACCCAGCAAGGAGGUCCACGACCGUCUCCAGACGAUCCGGCGCCGGCAAAAGAUCCACUACGACCGCAGCGCCAGGAACCUCUCCCCGCUGACGCCGGGACAACGCGUAACGACGUACGACACUCUCCAGAGAACCUGGGCUCCAGCUAUUGUUCUAAGGCCAGCCGCAACGCCAAGAUCUACGAUUGUGAAGACCGAAGACGGCCAUGAAAUCCGUCGCACAAGAGAAUACCUGCGGGAGGCAGCACCUCAACCGGAGCCAGAAUCAACCUCGCAGGAGCCUUUAGAAGACGACCUCCAGCCUGGACAACAGCAGUUACGCAGGAGCACAAGAUUGCGUCGGGAACCCUGUCGAUACCCGUUGCCAGAUGAAACUUCUAGACCUUAUCAUCAUUAAAGGGGAGAUGUGGCCAUAUCACACUGUCAUUCUGAUA